AAAGGGUGGAAAGGAACGCCAUACGAUGAGUUGAGAGACCUGGGCUUUUUGUCUGAGAGCUGCCCUUGUGAGUCUUAUAAAAAUGGGCAAGUGGGUUUAUACCUUUUUAAGACUCUGUAUUCAAAGUGAUGUCUAAGUCACAUUUAACUCUGUACAUCCAUGAUUUGACUAAAAACAUUCAUUUCUUUUCAUUGCCAAAAUUUCAAAGCAUUACAGCAUUAAGGAACUUUCUGCUGCUUUGAGCUGGCAAGCUUCCGUUCACACUGAGCAUGUCUGGGGCGGUGUUUGGUAUAGAAGGCCACUGCACGCCUUUUGCCAAGGAUCACAGAGAGAAACAUGUGACUUGUAGAAUAUCUGAAUGGAACUGAAACUAAGAACAGUUGUAAGGAAGCUAAUGUGAGAGAGUGUCUUCCUUUGGGGCUGAUGGUUGGAUUUUUCAAACCCACAGCACUUUGUAUAAACACUUGCCAUGUUUCAAUAUGGUAGUUACAGUUCCAGUAUACUGCAGCUGCCUUCAGAAAACUCUGAUGUUGGAGACCUUUUCUGUGUUGUAUUUGUUGGGUUUUUCAUCUCUCUGUCACUGUCACCUAUAAUAGGUCCUGGCACAUAUAUAGUCCCCCCAGUCAUGCUAAAUGGAAAAGCAUCUGAUAAAGUGGAAAAAACACUUGUAGCUUUGAAUGCCAUCUUCACCACGUACUGGCGUUUGAUCACGGAUUUCCAUGAAGACACCUUCCGAGGAUCUGCAUGGCCUCAGUUUAGCCGCUUCGGUGUGUGGAGCUGUGGCUCGCUCCCCGUCCCGUGCCUGGUGUGACUGUGCCUGCUGAGCGCCAUGAAGGUUGUUCCAGAGAAGAAUGCUGUCCGGAUCCUCUGGGGGCGAGAACGGGGCACUCGGACCUUUGGGGCUCAGCGACUUCUGCAGGAGCUGGUUGAAGAUAAAACCCGGUGUAUGAAAUGGGAGGGCAAGAGAGUAGAACUGCCGGAUAGUCCACGCUCUACCUUUUUAUUGGCUUUUAGCCCAGACAGGACUCUCUUGGCUUCCACUCACGUAAACCAUAAUAUCUACAUCACGGAAGUGAAGACGGGCAAGUGUGUUCACUCUCUGAUUGGACACCGCCGCACGCCAUGGUGUGUCACUUUUCAUCCCACCAUCUCGGGCCUCAUCGCUUCUGGCUGCUUAGAUGGGGAAGUUCGGAUCUGGGAUUUGCACGGUGGCAGUGAAAGCUGGUUCACAGACAGCAACAACGCCAUUGCCUCCCUGGCUUUCCACCCCACGGCUCAGCUCCUGCUCAUUGCCACUGCCAACGAGAUCCACUUCUGGGACUGGAGUCGCCGGGAGCCGUUUGCCGUGGUGAAGACAGCUAGCGAGAUGGAACGGGUCCGUCUGGUGAGAUUUGAUCCCCUUGGACACUACUUACUCACAGCAAUUGUUAAUCCCUCUAAUCAGCAGGGUGAUGACGACCCAGAGAUCCCCAUAGACGGAGCAGAACUGUCGCACUACCGUCAGCGGGCCCUCCUGCAAUCGCAGCCAGUGCGCCGGACGCCUCUCCUCCACAAUUUCCUGCACAUGCUGUCCUCCCGCUCCUCUGGCAUCCAGGUGGGAGAGCAAAGCACAGUGCAAGAGCCUGCCACCCCCUCACCCCCACCGCCUCCCCCUCCGCCCUCCACGGAGCGCCCCAGGACUUCCGCUUACAUCCGGCUCCGACAGCGGGUCAGUUACCCCACAGCCGAGUGCUGCCAGCACCUUGGGAUCCUGUGCCUUUGCAGCCGCUGCUCGGGCACUCGAGUUCCUUCCCUCUUGCCACACCAGGACAGUGUUCCCCCUGCUUCUGCCAGGGCUACUACCCCUUCCUUUUCUUUUGUGCAGACCGAGCCCUUCCAUCCCCCGGAGCAGGCCUCGUCAGCGCCGCACGACCCGGGCCUCCUGAGCCGGCCGUCUGCCUUCAGUACAGUCCAGAGCAGCACCGCCGGCAACACGCUCCGCAACCUCAGCCUGGGUCCCCCCCGGCGCUCUCUGGGAGGCCCUCUGUCUGGCCACCCUUCCAGGUACCACCGGGACAUAGCCCCCGGGCUGACGGGAUCCGAGUGGACCCGGACAGUGCUCAGUCUGAACUCUCGCUCCGAGGCGGAGUCCAUGCCUCCGCCCAGGACCAGCGCCUCGUCGGUGAGUCUGCUCUCUGUGCUGCGACAGCAGGAAGGUGGCUCGCAAGCCUCUGUGUACACUUCAGCCACAGAAGGGAGGGGUUUUCCAGCCUCGGGGUUGGCAGCUGAGUCAGAUGGAGGGAACGGCUCCAGCCAAAACAACCCGGGCAGCAUCCGCCACGAGCUUCAGUGUGACCUGAGACGCUUCUUUCUGGAGUACGACCGGCUUCAGGAGCUGGACCAGAGCCUCAGCGGGGAAGCCCCCCAGGCCCAACAGGCCCAGGAAAUGCUCAACAAUAACCUUGAAUCCGAGCGGCCAGGGCCAUCCCACCAGCCCACCCCGCACAGCAGCGAGAACAACUCCAACCUGUCCCGGGGCCACCUGAACCGCUGCCGCGCGUGCCACAAUCUGCUGACCUUCAACAACGACACCCUGCGCUGGGAAAGAAGCGCACCGAACUACUCCUCUGGCGAGGCCAGCCCCUCCUGGCAGGUCCCCGGUCCCUUUGAGGGCAUGGCCGCGAGCGGCAGCCAGCUGCCCCCGCUCGAGCGGACUGAGGGCCAGACGGCCAGCUCCAGCAGGCUGGAGUUGGGCAGCGCUGCUAGCCCGCAGGAGGAGAGGACUGUGGGGGUGGCCUUCAACCAGGAGACGGGCCACUGGGAACGCAUUUACACCCAGGCCAGCCGAUCUGGAACUGUGUCACAGGAGGCCUUACAUCAGGAUCUGCCGGAGGAGAGCUCCGAGGAGGAUUCUCUCAGGAGGAGGCUGCUGGAGUCUUCCCUCAUUUCAUUAUCCCGUUAUGAUGGAGCAGGAUCCAGAGAGCACCCAAUUUACCCAGACCCAGCGAGGUUGUCUCCUGCUGCAUACUAUGCCCAGAGAAUGAUCCAGUACCUGUCCCGGAGAGACAGUAUCCGCCAGCGUUCCAUGCGCUACCAGCAGAACCGCCUCCGUUCUUCCACCCCCUCCUCUUCCUCAGACAACCAGGGUCCUUCCGUGGAGGGAGCCGACUUGGAGUUUGAGGACUUUGAGGACAAUGGUGACAGAUCCCGGCACCGAGCUCCACGCAACGCCCGGAUGUCUGCACCUUCGCUUGGACGCUUUGUCCCAAGGCGUUUCUUGCUGCCUGAGUAUUUGCCUUAUGCUGGGAUUUUUCAUGAACGUGGACAGCCUGGCUUGGCUACUCACUCUUCUGUUAACAGGGUCCUGGCAGGGGCAGUGAUUGGUGAUGGACAGUCUGCUGUGGCCAGUAACAUUGCCAAUACUACCUACCGGCUCCAGUGGUGGGACUUCACUAAGUUUGACCUCCCAGAAAUCAGUAAUGCCUCCGUGAAUGUGCUGGUGCAGAACUGCAAGAUCUACAAUGACGCCAGCUGUGAUGUUUCUGCAGAUGGCCAGCUCCUGGCAGCCUUCAUCCCCAGCAGUCAGAGGGGCUUUCCUGACGAAGGCAUCCUGGCAGUGUACUCCCUGGCCCCCCAUAACCUGGGCGAGAUGCUCUACACCAAGCGGUUUGGUCCCAACGCCAUCUCGGUGAGCCUGUCCCCGAUGGGCCGGUACGUGAUGGUGGGCCUGGCCUCGCGGAGGAUCCUGCUGCACCCCUCCACGGAGCACAUGGUGGCCCAGGUCUUCCGGCUGCAGCAGGCGCACGGUGGCGAGACCUCCAUGAGGAGAGUUUUCAACGUCCUUUACCCCAUGCCUGCUGACCAGCGGAGACACGUCAGCAUCAAUUCUGCCCGGUGGCUGCCUGAGCCAGGGCUCGGCCUGGCCUACGGCACCAACAAAGGAGACCUGGUGAUCUGCCGACCGGAGGCCUCAAACUCUGGUGUUGAGUACUACUGGGACCAGCUGAAUGAGACGGUCUUCACUGUUCACUCCAGCAGCCGAAGCAGCGAGAGGCCUGGCACCAGCAGAGCCACGUGGAGGACAGACAGAGACAUGGGCCUGAUGAAUGCCAUCGGCCUGCAGCCCCGGAACCCCACCACGUCGGUGACGUCUCAGGGCACCCAGACUCUUGCCCUACAGCUGCAGAACGCGGAGACCCAGACGGAGCGGGAGAUACAGGAGCCGGGGACGGCAGCUUCAGGUCCUGGUGAAGGGGAGGGCUCGGACUAUGGGGCCAGCGGGGAAGACGCGCUCAGCAGGAUCCAGCGGCUGAUGGCUGAAGGGGGCAUGACGGCCGUGGUGCAGCGCGAGCAGAGUACCACCAUGGCCUCCAUGGGCGGCUUCGGCAACAACAUCAUCGUCAGCCACCGCAUUCACCGCAGCUCCCAGACAGGCGCCGAGCCGGGGGCCGCGCGCACGCCCUCGCCGCAGCCCUCCACCUCUCGGGGGAUGCUCCCAGAAGCCGGGCAGCUGGCAGAGCGAGGCUUGAGCCCCCGGACAGCCUCCUGGGAGCGGCCCGCUACCCCUGGGCGGGAGCCUGCCCUGCCCGCCUCCUCCCCGGCCCCUCCUCCCGCCCCCCUCCCCAGCACCGAGGGACCAACCCCGCAGCGCUGCGGCCUGACCAACAACAACCACCUUCCUGACGGUGGGGGCAGCGGCAGGGGGGAGGCCGCAGGCCCCAGCGGGGAGCCACGGAACAGGUAGAGACAGGCGUGCCCUGGUGCCUCCCCUUGAACCGCUGAGCAGAAACCGGACCUCACAGCUGACUGGGAACCGAGCGCGCAGAAGAGCCGUGGGCUGCGUCAGGGAACAGGAACGCGAGGGUGGGGGUCAGGAGGGCGUCCAUCCGGGGCAGCAGGGAGUGAGGCGGUGCAAGGGGCCAGGUUUGCCUCGGGGACUAGACCCUUCCAGGAUCUGGGGCCCAGGGGUGUCCCAGACUGCCGUGCUCCUUGCGAGUGGAGGAGGAAGUCGGUGUCCCUGCCACGCACCCCCCCCCCACCCCGCUUCUCCUAGAACCAAGGCUCAAGGGACUCAGCCCUGGGCAGAGACCCCCCGGGAGGGUGAACAGUCUUCCAGAUCAGGGCCCGACCGUCCUGGCCAGUGGCCAGUGGGGCAGCUUCUCCCUGUUCACCUGUCGUGCAGGCAGAGCCACCGGGAGCCCUAACGCAGGAGGAGUGGUCCGGCCCCCAGAAACCACCUCCAUCUCUGAGCCUUCCAGAGCUUCAGCCCCUUGAUCAUCUUCCCCCAUAGAGACCACAGUCAGGGGUCAGACCCCGCUCCCGGACUCCUGAGCAUGGGGACUUCUGCACUUACGGUGGGGGCCAACCAUGGAGUGGGGGGCAGCCUGCUUGCCUGAGACGGGAUGGAGUCAAGGAACAGUGGGCAGGUCCUCACUCAGGAGUGGGGGGUGUAGGCUGGCCAGCCCCCAGGGCUUGUCCACCAAGCUCCUCCUUCCCCACCACCCCCAAGGCCCUCAGAGCAGCACCUGUGGGUGUCAAGUGUUAGCUGAGCCUAGGCCAAAGCCAGCCCAAGGCUGGGGGAGGGGUUAGACUCCGGGUCAGAAUGUGAGGUCUUGGUCUGUGAUUUAAGGUGUUGCAUGUGGAAUCUUGAACUGUACGUGUAGUUUCUAGUGGAGAAAUCAAGGCUCUGAUUAUUUUGUUUUUAGUAUGAAAAAUGUGAUUACUUUUCUGUUUGUAACUCAUCAUAGAAACAUUGUGGUGGGAGGAGAGGGGAUAGUCUGACUGCUAAUGAGGGAAACACCAAAGAUCUACAUCAUUAAAAUGAUGACAUGCCCCUCA